AAGAAGAAGAAGAAGAAGAAGUCGUCGUCGUCGUCCACGGUGUUUUCCUGGGUGGAUGGCCUUCUCUAAUCCAGCCUGUGAAAACUGCAUUGAACCGAGACGUGGGAUAAAGUCAGUGAAAUGUACUACUGUUUGGAUUUGAAACAGUGACUGAGACAGGCCCAAAAGAGAAAUCCACUGUUCCCCUCCCCGACCUCUCGUUCCUGACCCUCUUUGAAACACAUCUCUCACCAUGAAUGAAGUUAAUAUAGUCAGAGAGGGUUGGCUCCACAAAAGAGGUGAAUAUAUCAAAACAUGGAGGCCCAGGUAUUUCAUCCUGAAGAGUGACGGUUCCUUCAUCGGCUACAAGGAGAAGCCAGAUCUAAACGACCAGACUUCACCACCCCUCAACAACUUCUCAGUAGCAGAAUGCCAGUUAAUGAAGACAGAAAGACCCCGGCCCAACACAUUUGUCAUCCGUUGCCUACAGUGGACUACUGUCAUUGAACGUACCUUUCAUGUGGACAGCAAUGAGGAGAGAGAGGAGUGGAUGCGGGCAAUCCAGUCUGUGGCAAAUAGUCUGAAGAUGAGAGAACAUGAGGAAGAGGAGCCGAUGGAUGUGUUUGGCUCACCUAGUGAAAGCAGCCUCGAGGAGAUGGAGGUGGCGAUGUCCAAGAGCCAUGCCAAAGUGACAAUGAGUGACUUUGAGUACCUGAAGCUGCUUGGCAAGGGGACAUUUGGGAAGGUGAUUCUGGUCAAAGAGAAGUCCACCGGAGUACAUUAUGCCAUGAAAAUACUGCGCAAAGAGGUCAUAAUAGCCAAGGAUGAGGUGGCCCACACAGUUACAGAGAGCAGAGUGUUACAAAACACACGACACCCCUUCCUCACGACACUGAAAUAUGCUUUCCAAACCAAUGAUCGACUCUGUUUUGUAAUGGAAUAUGCCAACGGAGGCGAGCUCUUCUUCCACCUGUCACGGGAACGAGUCUUCACAGAAGACCGGGCACGCUUCUACGGUGCCGAGAUUGUGUCAGCUCUCGAAUACCUGCAUUCACGUGAUGUCGUUUACAGGGAUCUGAAGCUGGAGAAUCUUAUGCUGGACAAAGAUGGCCACAUCAAAAUCACGGAUUUUGGCCUUUGUAAGGAGGGCAUUACUCCAGAUGCUACCAUGAAAACCUUCUGUGGAACGCCUGAAUAUCUAGCACCUGAGGUCCUAGAAGAUAAUGACUAUGGCCGGGCAGUGGACUGGUGGGGUCUGGGUGUAGUCAUGUAUGAGAUGAUGUGUGGGCGUCUGCCUUUCUACAACCAGGACCAUGAACGUUUGUUUGAGCUCAUCCUCAUGGAGGAGAUCCGCUUCCCCCGGAACCUGUCACCCGAGGCCAAGUCCCUGCUGGCUGGCCUGCUCAAGAAGGAUCCCAAACAGAGGUUAGGCGGAGGGCCCAACGAUGCCAAAGAUGUAAUGAGUCACAAAUUUUUCAUCAUCAUCAACUGGCAGGAUGUGGUACAGAAGAAGCUCACCCCCCUCUUCAGACCACAAGUGACAUCAGAGACAGACACUCGGUACUUUGAUGAAGAGUUCACAGCGCAGACCAUCACUCUCACUCCACCAGACAAGUAUAAUAGUCUGGACUGUGAGGAUCCUGGCCAGCAAGCACAUUUCCCCCAGUUCUCCUAUUCUGCCAGCAUAAGAGAGUGAUAGCAUCUCAGAUAGACAGACGGACACACACACACACACACACACACACACACACACACAUACACACAUACACACACACACACACGUGCACGCACAAACAAAAACACAAGAGGCAUGAACACUAUGGCCAGAACGUCCAUCUGUAAUGAGUGUUUAGUCCUGGCAGGAUCUAAGUGCCUCAGCUGGUGGCCAUAUUUCUCUAUAGAAACCCCCUCCAUCCACACUACAGACAAAGUCUGGCCACCCUGGCUGUACUGUAUCAGACUGGACUUCAGUACUUCACAUAGUCAGCACAACUCAUCAACACAAUCAGGACUCUGCCUGUAGCACCUCUGGAUGGCCUAUAAACAGCUGCUGCUGCUUUUUCCAGACUGUAAACCAUCGGUAAUUUUUAACAUUGUCCUUUUUAUGGUCUUAUGAGAAGCCAUAUAGCUCUUUCAAGAUGUUUCAAAGUGCUCUUCUUCAGAAUUAGCUGUUACCACUGGUGAUAAGACGUAUAUGAGGGAGGAAGAAGUGUGGCAGUUUGUUGGGUGUUUUUCUGUUAGGUGUGUGUCGAUUUUUUUUUUUUGUUUUUGUUUUUAGUGAGUUUUUGUUUCUUUUGUUUGUUGUUUAUUUUUGUCAUUUAUUUUUGUUUGUUAGGGUUAGGUGAGAAAAUGUGGGCAUCCAACCCAAACUCUGUGUUUUUAUACAACACUUACCCAACAUGCAUCAGGAACAACAGAUGAAUUUAUAACACAUGAUGAUCAAAGUGUCUUCAUGGAGAAAAGCUUUACUAAAGCGGAACACAAGAGGCCCACAGAGAGGCUGUCCUUUUUAAACUGUAUGCAAUGAAAACAAGUCACUUGUAUAUGACUUCACCUCAGACUGAUCUUCAUCAAGUGCGACACAGCAAUUAAUGGGAAUUGGGAAUAUGUUAAUGCACAAGGUGUUUGUUAUUUAAACUUUUUUUUUUUCUUGUUUUUUUUUUUUUUUUAAUUUGAACACGUUUGAUCAUCUUGAUCAGCAAAAUACACACCAGCGAUGUGAUUUAAGAGGCUCAGUAAGCACUCAAUGAUAUAAAGCAGACCUCAUUUUAUUCAGAUGGCCCAUGUUCAUAAUGUAGCUGAAAGUUUCCUGGAUUGGUGUCACCUCACCAAAUUGUGCCUGUUAUGGAAAUCAUAUGAAUAUGAAAAACUGUCAGAUACUAAAAGUACUGUUGAUUUUUUUGACUGAAUAGUUUCUACAUUUUGCCAGUUUUAGAUUAUUUAAUUUCAACAACAUUCUUGUAUAGCUUCUAAUGUUUCAACAGCAUCAUUUAACAUUUGAGAACUUUGGCUUUGUUUGUUUUUUUACUGAACGAUAAACAGAUGUUCAAACACUCAAAGUAAUGUAUCACCAUGUCAGAGACUAUCAUUUUGGCAUCUGUACUGAAACUUUGGUGUUAUAUGGGCACCACUAUUGAAAGUUUUUUAAGUAUAACUAGCCCAAGCACCAAACUGAUUUCGUAUCACUUUCAGAGAAGAUGCUAAUAUUGGGAAUGUCACCCUCUUUUUGCAUUCAAAGCUAAUACACUCAUACCUAUGAUAUAUCUUAUCUUUGUAGCCUUCCUGUGAAAGCCGUCUUUCCUCAAAUAAUAAAUCACCAUGCUAAACUUAACUUGCUGGAGAUUUUACAAGUUUGAGUCCUCCUGGCCACUGACUAUCCGUCAUCUUUUUUUUUUUAAUACUUAGAAUGCUCCAGUGCAUCCAAACUGUUGCUGCUUUUCAGACUUGAACGUACCACUAGAUUUGAUUGAACAGCUAAAAAAAAAAAAAAAUCCAGCGAGGUGUGUAUAUCAUGAACAUGGUCCAUUGUUAGAUUUUGUUUUUGAGUGCAAUGUGUACUUGGAAAAGGUGUCUUUUUGUUAUUUUCAGUUCUUCCCAUCUGUUAUUAACAACAUUAAAUGGUAACCAGUUGGGGUGCACCGUUGAGAAUUGCAAUGCUGGGUGUUAUACUGUACAUGAAAACGCACCCAACAUAUUGUUGGUGCUACACUGUUGUGUCACUCAUAAUAAAGAGCUGGAGCAGAAAACUUGCUCAACUUCCCGUUGCUCACAGAGCCUUCUACCGCAUAUGCUGUUUUUAAAAAAUUUCCGUUAUUUUUAUUUUUGUCUUGUUUAUCUUGUAGAUUUACUUCUCAACUUGCUGUUUUCCCUCAUCUUUCCUCUACCCUGAACAUACUUCACAAAUGGUCUCAAAUUAAGGAAAUUCAUAAUCGUUGAAAGAAAUGUAUGUUUUUCAGUUACAUUAUUCUAUUAAACUGUUCAUUUCUACUUGUCUAUGAAUGUAAUUCUGAAAGACAAUGAUUCAAUAUAUCUUUUUAACUGUC